AUGGCGGCGACACCAAGCUCCGGCUUGAAAUUCCCGAAGCAGAAAGAGGCGCAAGGGGUUUUGCUCGGCCGAUACGACAUCGGGAAGCUCAUCGGCCAGGGAUCCUUCGCGAAGGUGUACCACGCGCGGAACGUGCGUACGGGGGAGGGCGUGGCCAUCAAGGUGAUUGACAAGGAGAAGAUUCUCAAGGUCGGCCUAACCGCCCACAUAAAGCGCGAGAUCUCGAUACUCCGGCGCGUGCGCCACCCGAACAUCGUGCAGCUGUUAGAGGUCAUGGCGACCAAGUCCAAAAUCUACUUCGUGAUGGAGUACGUCAGGGGCGGCGAAUUGUUCGGAAAAGUCGCCAAGGGCCGGCUCAAGGAGGAGGUCGCCCGGAAGUACUUCCAGCAGCUGAUCUCCGCCGUGGCCUUCUGCCACGCGCGGGGCGUGUACCACCGCGAUCUGAAGCCGGAGAAUAUCCUCCUCGACGAGGACGGCAACCUCAAGGUCUCCGAUUUUGGGCUGAGCGCCAUAUCGGAGCAGAUCAAGCAAGACGGCCUUUCCCACACCUUCUGCGGAACACCUGCCUACGUGGCGCCGGAGGUCCUCUCCAGAAAGGGGUAUGACGCGGCCAAGGUCGACAUCUGGAGCUGCGGAGUCAUUCUUUUCGUCCUCAUGGCUGGCUACCUUCCCUUUCACCACCAGAAUGUCAUGGCCAUGUACAAGAAAAUCAAUCGAGGCGAAUUCAGGUGUCCUCGAUGGUUCUCCCAUGAGCUCGUCCGCCUAGUCACCCGCCUGCUCGACACAAAUCCCGACACGCGCAUCACUAUCCCCGAAAUCAUGAGCAGCCCCUGGUUCAAAAGGGGUUUCAAGCACGUCAAAUUCUACAUCGAGGACGACAAGUGUUUCAGCUCAGAUGUUUCUGAAAAAGACGAUAUGUUCUGUUUGUCUGAUCAGACAUGCUCAGAAUCGGAUUCCGAGCUGGAGACCAAAAGGAGGACGGCCAGUCUCCCGAGGCCAGCUAGCUUGAAUGCGUUUGAUAUUAUUUCGUUUUCUCGUGGGUUUGAUUUGUCGGGAUUGUUUGAAGAAGGUUCGGAUGGGUGCACGAGGUUUGUUUCAGGGGCGCCCGUGCCGGAGAUAAUCUCCAAGUUGGAGGAGAUUGCGAGGAUUGUGAGUUUUACGGUGAGGAAGAAGGAUUUUCGGGUGAGUUUGGAAGGUUCGAGAGAGGGUGUGAAGGGCCCUCUGACGAUUGCGGUUGAGAUAUUCGAGUUGACACCCUUGUUAAGAGUGGUGGAGGUUAGGAGGAAAGGAGGAGAUAGAACGGAGUAUGAGGAGUUUUGUAAUAGCGAGUUGAGGCCUGGAUUGCAGACUCUUGUGGUGGGGAAUGGUGCUGCUAAUUCUUCAUCAUUGGCUUCGGAUGCCAGAGAGAGAAUACAUCUCCAUGAGGUUGGGAUCUUGGCCCUCUUCCCGCCGUAACCCCACUUGUUGAUCUCCUCCGGCGCCACAUAGGCAGGAGUCUUGCACGUGGGGUAAACACAAUUUGCUGAUAAUGAGUGAUAAGUAUUUGAGGUGUGCUCGGUUAAUUGAGGAGUUUUGGAUGAUCUAGUGAUUUCCGUGGCAGUGGCCCAGUUGAACUCCGAGAGCUCCUCCUUCUCGAGGCUCAUCAAAUUUAAGGCAUCUGAUAUUUUUGUCACUUGGCAGAAAGUAUCAAUAAUUUGGACCCUAUCUAACUUAUUCUGCUAAAUUGCCUAAAUUAUCAGGCCUCGUUUACUAGAGAUGAUGGGAUUGGACAAAUUAAUCCCUCCAAUUUGCC